CGUAUCCGCUCCGAGAGGUGGCCCCGGAGCCGCAGCCCUCUUCCUUUCCUUCCCUCCCUCCCUCACCCUCCCCCGUCCCCACCUCUCCUCCAAAACCGCAGGAGCCGCCGCGGCCCCGCUUCACUUGCGCCGAGAGCGGGGCGGGAGCAGCUCCCCGCGUCCUCACUGCCAUGGCCGGGAUCGCAGCCCAGCGUUGACGAUGCUGCUGGGCGCCCCGCGGGCGGGCGGCUGGGAUCGCGGGCGGGUGGGCGAGAGGCUGCAGGCGGCUCUGGCCGGGCUGCAGGAGCUCCAGGUGCUGCGGGAGAAGCAGCGGGAGCUGGUGCGGGCCGCCCUGGCCAUGCCGCAGCGCCCGGCGGCGCCCGGCGGGGAGCAGCUCGCCCACAGCAAGGAGCGCCGGCUCGAAGCCACCCUCACCGCCCUCAAAGAGCAGCUGUCUCGUUUGAGGAGACAAGAUGUUGGCUUGAAAACCCACCUGGAUCAGCUAGAUCAGCGAAUAAGUGAGCUGAAAUUGGACGUUAGUAAGACCUCCAGUGAAUACUUGGAUAGUGACAGCCGACCCAGCUCAGGCUUCUAUGAUCUGAGCGACGGUGGUUCUUGCUCACUCUCCAAUUCUUGUACCUCUGUGUACAGUGAGUCCAUCUCCUCCUCCCACACCAGUCUCUUGCCCAGCUGUCAACACCCUAAAGCAAGGCUUAGUGUGUUCGAUUACCGACCCAAGUCUGCAGAUGAAACUACUGUGCAUACCACCAGCUUCCAGCAGCAAGGAACCUAUGUCAGCGAUGGAUGUCGGAUUACAGCUAGCGCAGACGUUUCUGGGACUCCUGUCAGGUCCCGGCCAAGGCCAGUUUCUACAGGUGACUUGGAAAGACUCAUUCCAGCAGACACUCGAUUUCAGAAAGAGACAGAUCCCAAAUCCUUGUUGCCUCUGUGCCACGCUGGAGACAUGUGCUUGUUCAGUGUGGACCCCAAAUUCCAGAAUGACUUGGUCUCCAAGAAUGGCAUUGAUGUAUAUCCUUACCCGAGCCCUCUUCAUGCAGUGGCUUUACAAAGUCCCCUUUUCUCCCUUGUGGGGACAUCCCCAGAAGCAGAGCUCCAGCCUCCCCCCAGCAAACCCAUGCCCAGUGUGACAGGUCCCAGCUUGAUUAGGACUAGGCCAACCACUGAGGCCAAGCCAGGGGGCUACAUCAAUAAAUUACUGCAGCUGACGAGGUGCAAAGGGAACAAUCGAGCUGAUGCCGGUGAAUGGGUUUCAACAAAGAGCCAACCAGCCACAAUGCACCAGAGACUCAUUAUAACCCCUAGCGCCGGUGGAGUGAAAAUUAACAGCAGCAGUAGCCAGCUGGAAAAUCAAGCAAGUUCUCUGGAAAGUAACAAAGCUGAAGGGAAGCUGCAGAGAGAGAUGCCGGAGGGUGAAUGUGCCAAACAGCAGGAGACCAUGCGCUGUGUGAAUGGAGAACAGCCAUCCACUUGGCCUGACACAGAGCCAUCAGCUGUGAAUAGUUGUUAUCCUGCCAAGUCAGGAGCAAGGAGCUCUCCUCUGGCAGAAGCAAUGGAGAGCAGCAUAGAGCGCAGUUCAUCCUGCUCACCGCUGUGCCAGGAGGACUCCAGCCCAGGCACCUGGAAUGCUAAAGCCAUCCCAUCCAGAAAGCUACCCCUCAAAAGGUGUGGCAAUGCCAAGUUGGCUAAUAGUGGGGGUCAUGAGCAAGUGGCACGGAGUGAGUUUGUUCAUGCUCAGUUUGUCCCUGCAGAAUCCCACCACGUCCGGGUCAAGUUUGCCAGCUCUAAAACAAAGGCAGUGAAGACAAAGAAGAGGAACAGUGAAAAGGUACUACGGCCUGGAAAGCAAGCAUUUUGCAUGGAGAAGGCGAGAGGGGUUCAUGGGGCUGCCAGGCUGCCUGCUGAGUGGAAUCAGCCCCAAAGACCACAUGGUGUGAAGAGCCUUGUGCGGAGACCUUCGUAUUCUGGUGACAUGACUGGCAGGUCAUGCUCGGAGUCCAGCCUGUUCCCUGUGCAAGUCGGUCUCCCCACUGUGCCAUCCAGGCCAGAACUCUACAGAGCCUCUGCCAAUGCACUGGAUUCUCUUGAAGCAACUUGCGUAGACACAGCCAAUAAGAAGAAGCAGCGCAAGUGGCAGUCCACAGUGGAGAUCUCCGCCAAAGCCCAUGUGGCCAGCCUCUCUAAUAGCUUUGGCCUGGGAGCACCAAGACAACCGGCAAGGAAAGCUGGUGUCCUGCGUACUGUCAGUAUCAGGGCUCGUUCCAAGAGUCAGCGCCAUGGAACUUAUGCCAGAAGUGAGUCAGACCACUCUGAGUACUCUGCAGAGUGCGCUUCCCUCUUUCACUCCACCAUCGCAGAGACCAGUGAAGGAGAGGUCAGUGAUUUCACAGCUAACCGUUUUGGAGACAGUGAGUCUAGUGAAAGCGAUUCGGAUGGCAGCAGUAACAGUAGCAGCCUUGCCCUUGACUAUGAUGAGGGGGAUGAAAGUGAGCUGAUUUGGCCUGAAGGUUCGGUCAGACAAUCAGGGACUGUUCAGGCUUCUUCCAAGCCUCUUCCCCCAGUGCCCAAAAUCUGUCGCAUCAAAGCUUCGAAGGCGUUAAAGAAGAAGAUCAGGAGAUUCCAACCUGCCUCUCUGAAGGUCAUGACCAUGGUUUAAGGGAGAGCAAGCAUCUGUUUCUCACAGUGAGGCAUUCUGCUGGCUGCCGUUUGCAAAAUGAGAACCAAUGUGUAGAGAAAAGGACUUGCUUAAACGAACUGUGAAUCAACACAGGGAGUCUUCUUAUGUGUUAAUGCCUGAACAUAAGUGUUACUGUAUCUAAUAUCCUCUUUUGCCAUUUUGCUGUAAAUAUGGAUCUCUGUAUAUUGCGUGAUGCCUUUUUUUUACUAUGCAGAAGGGUCACUAUGGUGAAAAUGAAAACAACAUCUCCCAUAACUUUUUGCAGGCAGGCUGUUGAUGGUUUGUUGACCGUAAGCACCCACAGAAUGAGUCCCAGAAACAAAUGCUUCCCAAGAAGAGGGGCUCUUCCGAACUGGGUACUUGGGAGCGUCCUUUCCUCUUGCAUGGAAUUCUUUGCAGUCUGAAGUCUGCAUUGACCUGUCACUGCAUUAAGCUGUUACUGUGCUCCUCUGGAAAAGCUCUGUGUUCUCCAUAGUUUUACUUUCUUUUGGAUCAACCGUCUCAUACGUUCUUCCAAACAUCAAGAGGACGAGUCAGUUCUUCAGUAAAAAACAUGCUGUGUUUAAUCAAGAAGGCAAAUGUAUUUGUGAACAACAAGACUUCACACUGUUCCCUGUUUUCAAACUGAGACUAUAGAGGUUUCGUUUUUCAAACCCCCUCUUUAUGAUGUUCCAUGUUAUUUGUUGAAUUGGACGAGGAACAUGAGGACUCAGUGCCACAGUGUGUCAAUAGCUGGGACUGAGAUUAUAGCUUUGUCCCUGAAAUUGCAAACUCAAUAAAUACUAUUUAAUGUA